AUGUCAUCGGCGUCAAUUUUAUCGACUGCCUGGAUGCUUUCUGUAUUUGGUGUGGGUGCAUUUGUUAUGAGAGGAGCAGGAUGUACUAUUAACGAUCUCUGGGAUAGGGAUUUGGACAAUAAAGUGGUGAGAACGGUGGAAAGACCUAUUACCUCGGGUAGAGUUUCUGUUAAGCAGGCCAUAAUAUUCUUGGGAGCUCAGUUAACGGUGGGAUUGUUUGUCUUGUUGCAGUUGCCGUUAAACUGCUUUGUUUUGGGAGCAUCAUCUUUAAUACUAGUGGCAACAUACCCUCUUUUCAAACGAUUCUCAUACUAUCCUCAGGCAAUGCUAUCAGCCUGUUUCAACUGGGGUGCAUUGCUCGGCUUCCCGGCUAUGGGAAUUUGGGAUUGGUCCGUCAUGAUACCUCUCUAUCUUAGUGGGUUUUUCUGGUGUAUGCAUUACGAUACCAUAUAUGGACAUCAAGACAAGAAAUUCGACGUUAAAGUGGGUAUAAAAUCAACAGCAUUGGCAUGGGGAGCCCACUCGAAGCAGGUAUUCAAAGGUCUUGCAGUGGCACAACUUUGCUGUUAUUCUUUGGCGGGAUUUCUGGCUGGAAUGGGUCCUGGCUUCUAUACAGGAGCUGCAUUUGCUGCCUAUAGAUUGGUCAGGAUGAUAAGAAAGGUGGAUUUGAAUAAUCCGGACAGUUGCCAAUACUACUUCAUCAAUAAUAUCAAGACAGGACAUGUGUUCUGGAUGGGUAUAUUGUUCGAUUACUUGAUGAGGAUGAUGGGAAUCUACUAA